UGAGGAAUUUUGUGCAAAAUUGUGCGUCCAACUUGUUGUCUUCCAUAUACGUAUAAUGUGACAAAAAUGUUCCGACUGUGAAACUAGAUUGUGCCAAAGAAUCUCCAGAAAUGGACGUUGCGUAAGACGAGCUAAAACUUCCAACCACUAUCCAUGGCAUACCAGCUGGAGCAGAGCAUCACAGUCAAGCAGAUACCGAAGCUGUCCAGAAACCCCAACCCGUACCACAUCAAGCGACCAAUGAACGCCUUCAUGGUGUGGUCACGACUGCAGAGAAAGAAGAUCUCUUUGAAAAACCCCAAACUCCACAACUCGGAGAUCUCCAAACGCCUCGGCCUCGAAUGGAAGAGUUUGGACGAAACGGAGAAACGCCCUUUCAUCGAUGAAGCCAAGCGUCUCCGGAUAAAGCACAUGCAGGACUAUCCAGACUACAAGUAUCGGCCUCGACGGAAAAACCGUCCGGAUUCUACCGUCUUCAGCAAUCCGCCGCUCUUCAUCCAUCGGGAGCCAGAAUUAGAGCUCGAGCCACUUCCAGAGCCUCCUGUCAACUACCAGCUAGCCCCGAUCAGCUACUGCGACCAUCCACUCGUCUACAACAAUAUGAUCAGCUAUACAGUCCCUUCGUCUUCAAACUACGCUCCGAGCGCUAUGCGGCCUAAGGAAGAGUCUUCGAGCCUGGACCUGAGGCCGCUCCCGUCUAUCGAGAGCAUCUCCCCAAGGCCGUUUGCAGUCAUGAACCAGCAGAUGAUGGUGAAGGCCUACCAGGACCUUCACUAUGUGCCUCACGGGGAGGUGGCGAGGAUAUCAUACCACUAUCCUUACGGAGUUCAGUAGAUGUUUGUACGGAUUUGUAGAAGAUAUAGUGCAUUUAACUACUCAUAGUUUGUAGUACUAAUGAAAGUAACUGCUUCGGUGAUCUCUAGUUUUGUACGUGCAUAGGUAAUAAUAAAAUCACAGGUCUACCGAUAACUCUCUUGGUAUAAAGUCACCAAUCAUAGUCCUUACCUUAGUACCUAUGUAGGUUUAGUUAGUAUUUAGUGCUUACUCCCGGUUUAUAUAACUUUUAGUUUAGUAACUGUAGAGGUUUAAUCAAUGAUAACUAUGCUUUGCCUGCGAAAAUGAGGAAAAACUAAAUAGGGAAUCAUUAUGGACAUUCUGAACAACAUCAAUGUUGAUCUAAACCUACAGUUACAGAGCGUAUUAGUGUUCAUGCACUUGGCCAUUACUUGAUAAUUUUUACAAUAAAGUUGUUCAGAAUAACUAGUUUCUUCCGGCUAUCAAUGUCUUAUCGUAUCCUUCGCUAACCGAAUCACUGUUGAUUCUAUUUAUUUCCUGACUCUGUUUUGUACA